AAAACAUCCGAGAAAAUCACACUACACUCAAGCUCUACAACUUGACACUACAAUUCAACCUCUUCUGAGACCAACGAAACGCGCCGAAACUCAAAACACACACCUGAUCUACAAUUAAAACGUUGCCCAACAUGGCUCGCAAAUUCUUCGUCGGCGGCAACUUCAAGAUGAACGGGACCUCUGAGUCCAUCAAGAAGAUUGUCGAGAACUUGAACGACGCAAAGCUUGAUGCCAACGCCGAGGUUGUCAUCUCGCCUCCCCACGUCUACCUCUCCCACACCCGCUCCUUGGCCAAGAAGGAGAUCGAGGUUGCCGCCCAGAACGUCUUCGACAAGGCUGAUGGUGCAUACACUGGUGAGACCUCGGUCUCCCAGCUCAAGGAUCUCGGAAUUAACUGGGUCAUCCUUGGCCACUCCGAGCGCCGCACCAUCCUGGGCGAGUCGGAUGAGGUCGUUGCCUCCAAAACCAAGUACGCCAUCGACAACGGCCUGAAGGUCAUCUGGUGCUGCGGUGAGUCGCUCGAGGAGCGCGAGAGCGACAAGACGGUCGAGGUUGUCACCCGACAGCUUGAGGCCCUCAAGGCCAAGGUUGGUACCAGCGGCUGGGAGAACAUUGUCAUCGCGUACGAGCCCAUCUGGGCCAUUGGUACCGGCAAGGUUGCCACUCCUGAGCAGGCUCAGGAUGCCCAUGCCGCCAUCCGUGGUUACCUCAAGAGCAAGGUCAGCGACAAGGUUGCUGAGGAGACCCGUAUCCUGUACGGUGGCAGCGUCAACGAGAAGAACUGCGGCGAGCUUAGCCAGAAGCCCGACAUUGAUGGUUUCUUGGUUGGUGGUGCCAGCUUGAAGCCUGCUUUCGUCGACAUCUGCACCUGCAAGUCGGCAUAAAUUUUAUGAAAAAGUCUAGGACAUAUCGAGCGAAUGACUGCAUGACGAGGAACGUGGCUAUGGAUGAGCACCCGAUGAACACGCAUGAGUAUAAUAAGCUUGAUGGAUAUCAUAGAUAGAUACAAAAGAAAAAAAAGCGGAACAUAACUACGCCCGUCAGCAGUCCUAUAAUGAUGAGCCACGAACAACAUGAAGACUUACGAGGACCAGAUCACUAACCUUACUCGCGCCAAAUGUUUGCUCGAUCUUGUCUAUUGAUGUGCACUCCAAAAGUUUUAUACAAUAUAGUACACGCUGUACCUGCCCA